AUGGGUUCUCAAACUUGGAACCUCCCCGCACCAGUCGACGACCCGGACUCUAUGCUGUCCCGCAAGUUCGGGCGGGAGACCGUCAACUACUUCGCCGGCAGCGUCCUCAACCGCGUCGGCUGGCUGCGUACCGACCACACCUUUAUCCGGUCCGCCUUCCAGUCAAAGGACACCAAAUUCAUGCUCCUCAAGGACCUCAGCCCCCUCACCAGCGCCCCGACGAGAGUGCAGUUUGUCUCGUGCGAUGACGUCAAGCCCCUCACCACCGAGGACCCGUUCGGGCCGUCCGAGGAGGAUCUGAUCAAGAACUUUGACUCGACGGUCACGAAGCCGCUCAUCAUUUUCCUGGGUCUCGAGGAGAGCGCAAAGGUGCCGUUUGAGUACAAGGGGCUCAAGGGACGACCAUGGUUCGCUGUGGAUGUGACGCCCAAGGGCUCCUACGCCGAUGCCGCCAACCAGCUUAUCGAGGCUCAGUCGAGCAAGGGGUAUAAGUUCCUCGAGGGAAUGAGGCCGAUGACGCUUGAGCCGGAUCAUGCUGGCAUCUACGCCCAGGCCCGUUCCAUCGCAGACUGGAACACACGCAACAAGUUCUGCGCCGGGUGCGGACAGCCGUCCCUGUCGGGGAACACGGGCUACAAGCGCCUGUGUCCCACAACCGACCUCGCCGGCUCCGACACGCCCCGCGAGCGGGCCGAGUGCGCCACCCGCAAGGGCGUCUCCAACAUCAGCUUCCCGCGUACGGAUCCGACCAUGAUCGCCGCCGUCGUGUCCUCGGACGGCACCAAGGUGCUCCUGGGCCGAAACAAGCGCUAUCCGCCCAACUGGUACAGCACGCUGGCCGGCUUCAUCGAGCCGGGCGAGUCCAUUGAGGAGUCUGUCCGACGCGAGGUACUCGAGGAGGCCGGCGUGCGCGUGGGCCGGGUGGUGAUUCAUUCGAGCCAGCCGUGGCCGUACCCGGCGAGCUUGAUGAUUGGGGCCAUCGCGCAGGCGCUGCCCGACGGGGAGACGAUCGAUCUCGGCAACGACCCCGAGCUGGAGGACGCGCAGUGGUUCCCGCUCGAGACGGUGCGGGACGCGCUCAAGUUUGGGGUUAGCGGGCUCGGUGAGCCUGCGCCGGAGGGGUACAAGGAGGGCGGGCUGAGAUUGCCUCCUCCGGCGGCUAUUGCUAACCGGUUGAUGACUGCUGUUGUUGAGGGUUAUGCGACUGCCGCGCCAAAGAUACUUGUCCCCAUGUUUGCGUUCUUUCUGGGAUUUCCAAGUCGAGAGAGAGUUGAUUAUGAGCUGAGCGUCAGCAGCACUCUGGGGUCGAGUGAGCGACGUGUCAGCGCUACAGGCUGGAGUACAGGCCAGCACAAGCUCCAACGCAAGUUUGAGCUACAGCUCGCGUGGACAAGCUCCAUCCACUUCCUCCAUCCACAUCCCGCCAAUUGCGCCGCCAUCGAAACCCUCCACCUGUCCCGAGCUCCAAACGAACUCCCAAAACCUCGCUUGUCCAAAUCGUCGCAAACCAGGUGCCGCUCGCCAGUCGGUCAUUUGCCUGCCAUGUAUCACCUAGCCAAGGGGUUAUACCUCCUAGCUACUAGCAAAGAAGAGUACUCCGUCAUCCUCCUGGGCCUCGACAAUGCCGGCAAGACAACCUUCCAUGAGCAAGUCAAGCACUUCUUCCUCGAGUCGCACCCGGACCCGAAACUCAAGACGGUGCCGACGGUGGGCCAAAACGUCUCGACGAUAUCCCUGCCGGACAUGUACCUCAAGAUCUGGGACGUCGGCGGGCAGCACUCGCUGCGCCGCCUGUGGCAGAGCUACUACGCCUCGGCGCACGCCAUCGUCUUCAUCAUCGACUCGACCGACAUUGGCGACGGCAACCUCGAGCACGAUAACGGUUCCGGGCGGCUCGACGAGUGCCGCCUCGUGCUCGAGGACGUGCUGCAGCACUCCGAGACCGAGGGCGUGCCCGUCCUGGUGCUGGCCAACAAGCAGGACCGCGAGGAUUGCGUCGAGGUCGUGAGGAUCAAGGAGGGGCUUGUGAAGAAGGUCUUUGAGGGCGAGAAGGCGAGCAGUAUCCGCGACUCGAGGGUGUUGCCUGUUAGUGCGCUGACGGGGACGGGCGUCAAGGAGGCGGUGGAGUGGGUGCGGUCAAGGGUGAAGUGGAAUAAGGAGUCGAGGCCGCCGGUGAUGCGGUAG